UGGCAACUAGAGCCGCGUACUUUUCCCCGUCGGAAGCACAAAUCCUCAUGGAGGCAUACGAGGAGGUAAAAGAUAUAAUUAAGAAGAAAGGCAACACCGCCACAGUGAUAAAGCAAAGAGAAAAAGCGUGGCAAAGUAUUGCAGACCGCCUGAAUGCAUUAAACAUGAACGGGCCAAAACGGACAUGGCAGCAGGUCAAAAUCAAAUACAAGAACAUUCUGCAGAAUGCAGUGAAAAAGAAUACCCACAGACAAGGCACGGGUGGUGGGUCACCAAAGGCUGACCUUACCCCAGCAGAGGACAUGGCCUUGGAGCUAAAUAAAGGCAGGCCCGUCUUAGAGGGGAUCCCUGGGGGGAAAGAGACGAGCAUAGGUCCCUCCCAAGAUGCCACCCGCUUCAUUCAAGUGUCUGGCAGCACUGUGUUCCUGUUAGAGCCACCAGCACAAGCACCAGACGAUGCUGAUCCAGGUGAAAGCCCCAGUGCAGCAGCAACAGCACAUGAUGGAGACGAUGAUGAGGAGGAGACCAUCUCUCUGGAUUCCAGAAGGCAUGAGGACCCAGAUGCUAUACAGUGGGAAAACCAGCCUGGCAACAUAAGCUCACAAGCUAUCAGAAAGUUGUAUGGCAACCACCUCCGGCGCCAAAUAGAACUGGCAGACAUAGACAUUCAGUACAAGAAGAAAAAGAUAGAAAAUCUUGCACUGGAGUCCGAAAUAAAAAAGAGGACAAUUAGGAAACUGGACCCUUGAAAAUAAAAAAACUUGAGAGGGAGCUCCAAGAAGAUGACACAGCUCAAAAUAAAAAUUAGCAAUCAGUACAACCAAGUCAUCGUUAUAAGGCACCGGCCUCUUUUGCCCACCCCCCCAGCACCAGGUGUGGCCACUAGCCUAUAUGAAGGCCCAAAAUUGUGUGUUCCUUUCUGCUCUGACAAUGGCAUGCCCAUUCUUGCGAGAUGUGGUGGAUGAAGAAGCACUUGUGCUGAGGAGAGCCUUCAGGCGAGAAAGGGUCUUCAGGGACCGGUUGGACCCACUGGCCUUCCCUGAUGACCAUCUUUAUGAAAGAUACAGGUUUUCUGCAGAUGGCAUCAGGUAUCUAUGCAGACUACUGGGUCCCAGGAUUAAGCACCGCACUGCAAGGAGCCAUGCACUGAGUGUGGAGCAAAUGGUUUGUGUGG